UCUGCGAAUACUGAAUCAGGAUACAUUUCUAAACUCCAGUUUUACUCUCGAACGAGUGAAAUCGGACACCUAGUGAUUCUUGCUCGGCUCUUUUUCUCCUCCCCAGACUGAAACAAACGUUGUGAAAUUCCUGAAGUUUUGAGGCGGUUGUGAGGAACUAUUACUUUCCUGGUGUUAUUAAAGUCGCACACGGACUUCUGACCGACUUGUGUUUGUAGAGACGCACGGAUUUUUGUUGAGGCAUCGAAGAAACAAAACGAAACAGAAAAAAACAAAACAAAAAGAAGUGUAAAAAAAAAACAAAGUGAAUGAAGACGUGUAACGGGACCAAAAAAGGAGGAGAAGACUAACUUCUGGAAAGCGAUGGGAACUUAGGCCUUUUUAUCGACCAAUUUGAAAGCAUAAAGAUUAUUAAACUCUACUUUAUUUACAUAGACACAAUAGUGUUCCAGGCGUAUGAUGGAUGGAGAGAAGGAGAAAGAAAGGGAAAGGGGGGAGGAAAAGGAGAGUGAUGAGACAGAGGAGGAUGCCGAAGGUGCAGCCUUGCUGUGGCAAGAAGGAUCUUCUGAUGAUGACCUAGGACUACCCAUCAUGCACUGGGAGGCCCUAAGCCUGCGUAUUGCUCAACUUGAAAAACAAGAAGAAGAACAAAGAGAGAAGAAUAAGGAUGUUGUUCAGUGGACUGAUAGUUGGCCAGAGUUAUAUAACCUUACCAGACAUCAAGACACUUGUGAGGAUGUGGAAGAAAGUCGUCUGAACGCCCUAACAUCACGUCUUCAGAGUCAGAUGAACCUGCAACUCUGCUUCAUCAACAACAGUGAGAGUGAGGAGGAGGAGGAGGAAGACAAGGAGAAAAAAGAGUUGAACAAAAGUUCUAGGAAACAGAUGCAGCAGCCACAGCAGCAUUCCAGCAAUGCAUCCAGUGCUAAAGCCAAAUCUGGUGGAUUUAAGAAAGAGGUCAAGGCCGCUCUCAGCAUGCUAAGACACAAGCUGAGGUUGGAGCAAAAACAGACCAAACCCCCAAGCGAUGCAGUUAAAGAGAGAACUCAUUAUAAUCGCAGCGACUUGCAGAAGUUCAAUUUAAAGGAGUUGAAUGCACUGAAGACCACACUAAGCAAAGAUAUUCAUAACCUCAGCUCUGAGUUGGUGGGCCGACUUCUCACAAGAGACCAACUAAGAACUGAGCAGGAUGCCAUGUUAUUGGAGAUACAGGAUAUGACAUCACUCUGAGAGAAGAAGUCAAUUCCAUUAAAGGGACAAAAAGAUGCCUUAAUAGCUUGAGAACUUAUAAACCUGGGAGAUCUGCCUGGAAGAAUUAACUGUACUGUGAAAUGUUUCUUCACACCAAAAGACUGUUUAAGGAAUUUACGGACUUAAAUUGCACAGAUUUGUUUCCAAUUUAGCUUCUUAAUAAGGGUUCUAUCAGUAUGUUAAUAUAAAGGUGUUGUAAGGAAGUAGUAAGACAGCAGUUAGCUGUUAUCAAUGUCUAGGACCAACUCUUUUCAGUAAUCAAAUUGUUUUUGACAAAUGAGUAUUUUUACUGUUCCAGCCCCUUUAAGUUUGUGUCAUUUUUACAACAUUUUAGUGAUGUACCUCAUCCAUAAUUUAAUAUUGAAUAGUUUACAGUCACAUGCAGACACUUGUAGAGCUAAUGGAUAAAGUAAUAAUCUUCUGAAGGGAUGACAUGUUUCUUACCUGUGCACACUAAUGUAAAUUAUGUAAAUUAGCAGUUAUAGAAUCAAAGCUGCCUAAAAUAUGCUCAUUAAAGUCUACCUAGUAUAAGUAA